ACAUGACGUGCCAUGCAUGUGACGUAUACUGUCAAAAUAAACGAAACACCUGUUUACGAAAAAAUAAAGUUUUAUUUUUGCGAAAUGUCGGCUCAAUAUAAAAAAAUCUUUAUAACAGUUGGUACAACAAGAUUUGAUUUACUUUGUGACUACAUCGUGACCGAACCUGUAUUGACAGCGUUGAAAAAUAUCGGCUGCAAGGAGAUAACAUUUCAGAUCGGUAAUAGUAACGCCGAACCCGGUGUAUUUGAGAAGAAUAAUGUUAAAAUAACCAUGUACAGGUUUAAGGACUCUAUCCUAGAAGACAUAAAGAACGCAGACUUAGUUAUAAGCCACGCUGGUGCUGGCAGUUGUCUAGAAUCUUUGGAAGCAAACAAACCUCUUUUAGUAGUUGUUAACGAAGAUCUUAUGGACAAUCAUCAACUGGAACUAGCUGAACAACUUCAAAUUGACUCUCAUUUGUACUACUGUACCUGUGAUACUAUAAUAAGUACAUUAAACAUGGUAGAUUUCAAAUUGUUAAAUCCUUUUCCAAAAGCGGAUCCAUCACUGUUUGUAAAUUAUCUAGAUAGUGUAUUUAAAGUUGGGAAAGUUGAUUAGUUGUUAUCAAAUCGUAAACACAACUUUAUUAUGUUAUCAACUCUAUUGGUCACGUUUAUUUACCCUGUAUA